AUGCGCGAAGACCCCACGAUGCGCGACCGCCUCGCCGAUAUGUGGAUCGAGGGCCAGGUCUGCCGGCUGAUGACCCUGCGGAGCAUGUCCAUCGUGGAGAGCGACGGCAACUUCACCUACGAGGGUUCCGCCGAAAAGGUCUUCGCCCCCGAGCACGGCGUCCGCACCACCGAGACCAUCGCCCAGAUGCUUGGUCCCUACGGCCAGUUGCUCAACGGUUCCGAGGACGCCAUCGAAAGCGGCGUCUUCGCCCACAACCUCAUGGGCGCCUUCCAGAGCGGCAUCAACCACGGCAGCGUCCAGGUCAUGCGCGACCAGGUGGCCCGCCGCGGUUUGGGCAUGCCCCGCGUCUAG